GCAUCUUACAGAACCUGCCACGGAUCCACAAAAUGUAAACAAUCAAGAUGGCUAGCAAUGUGGCGCGGUCGACUGAUGCCGAAGCCGCGAAUUUAGACUUAUUGCAGAAUUGGGAUGAUACUGAGAAUCCUCUGGCCCCCUUAGAAGAGAGCCAAAGAGAUGCAGUCAUCGAUCUGUCAGUAUAUGCACAUGACCGACCACUUCCAGAAGAGCUGUCGGUGCCUGAACUGGACGAUCCAAGGAGUCCCACCACUUCAGUAUCUGAGCCUGAUGUGGUCACAUCAUACCAAGCACCCAUUGACUCAACACAACAGUUUUUCCACUGGUUUUCGGAGUUGGAGCAUGACAUGAUCUCUGAGGAGGAUUUCAUCUACCAGUCGUACACCAAGCAGCUGCAGACAUAUCAGAAGCAGUGCUCCGACCUUCUCUCCCAGGUGGAGACCUCGCUGGAGCAGAUGCGUCAGCUCAGUGGUGACUACACCACAGUCAGCACCAAGACCAACUCGCUACACGACGCGUGCGAGGCCCUGCUGGCUGAUCAGACGAAGCUGAGCCAGCAGGCCGAGCUGAUCGACACCAAGCUGUCCUACUUCCUGCAGCUGGACAAGAUCACCAAGCGGCUCGACUCGCCGACCUUCUCGGUGACCAGCGAGGCCUUCAUCCCGCUGCUGGCCAGGCUGGACGAGUGCAUCCAGUACAUGGUCACCAAUCCGACGUACAAGGACGCGGCGGCGUACCUGGCGCGUCUGCGACACUGCCAGUGGCGCGCGCUGGGCAUGAUUCGCUCCUACGUGACGGCGAGCCUGGAGCAGGCGGCGGCGGCGGCGGCCGGCCACGGCGCAGCGGCCGCCGCCGCGCCGCCCACCGCCGAGCCGGGCAUGGCGCUGGUGUACGGCAAGUUCCGCACGAACGCGGCGCGCGUCAAAACACUGAUGGAGGAACUGGAAGACCGCGUGGACGCUCAGCCCGAGUACCAGCAGCUGUUGGCCGACUGCCACGCCUGCUAUUUCCGCCACCGACACCAGCUGGUAUCUCCGGCGGUACAGGCGGGGAUCCGACAGCUGGCCGAGCGGCACAAACGCGACCACUGCGCGCUGUUCCGGAGCGGCUGUGCCUUCCUGGUCCACCUAUGCGAGGACGAGUAUCAGCUCUUCUUCCAGUUCUUCACAAAGCCCAGCCCGCAAAUCAAUGAGUCGCUGGAGGGCCUGUGCGCCAACCUGUACGACCUACUGCGACCGCUCAUCAUCCACAUCAACCACCUGGAGACGCUGGCCGAGCUGUGCAGCAUCCUCAGCGUCGAGAUGCUCGAGGAGCACGUCAGCAACAACCCCGUGCAGCUGGAGGCGUUCGGCACCACGGUGCGCCAGCUGCUGCAGGACGUGCAGGAGCGGCUGGUGUACCGCAGCCACAUCUACAUCCGCUCCGACAUCCUCAACUUCCGACCGAGCCCCGGCGACCUGGCCUACCCGGAGAAGCUGGUCAUGAUGCAGAGCAUUGCCGAGUCGCUGCAGCGCCAGGACAGUCGCGGAUCGAUGUCGUCACAGCUGAGCCACACCUCGGCCGGCAGUGAGGCCAACGGACUGCCGCGGUCCCGCACUGGCAACUCUCCGGCCGACCUGCACGGCAUGUGGUACCCGACGGUUCGCCGCACGCUGGUCUGUCUCAGCAAGCUAUUCCGGUGUACAGAGCGCAGCGUGUUCCAGGGCCUGUCGCAGGAGGCGCUGGCUAUGUGUGUACAGAGUCUUCAGAACGCCGCGCACAGCAUCGCAGAGAGAAAGUCCCUGCGAGACGCUCAGCUGUUCGAGAUCAAACACCUGCUGAUUCUGCGAGAGCAGAUCGCCCCGUUCCACGUGGACUUUUCCGUGCGGGAGAUCAGCCUCGACCUGAGCAAGAUAAAGACGGCAGCGAUGGGUCUGGUGCAGAAGCGCUCUCAGCUGUUUGCGCUGAACUCGAGUAACGCGCUGCUGGAGUUUCUGCUGGAGGGCACGCCGGCCGUGCAGGAGCACACGCGCGACUCCAAGCGCGAGGUGGACCUGCAGCUGAAGCGGGUCUGCGAGGCCUUCAUCCGGAGCACCCAGAGUCUGCUGCAGCAGCCUGUGGACAGCCUCAUACUCAGGAUUCAGGCGGUGCUGGAGUCGGCACCCGAUCAGCCGCUGCCCCCGGCCGAGACGGUGGCAGCCGCCGUCACUGAGAGCCAGAGACUCAUCAAAACACACCUGCCCGAGAUCCACUCCAGUCUGCAGCUCUACCUGGCCAACCCAGAGACUGAGUUCAUUCUCUUUAAACCGGUGAAGGUGGGACUGCUGCAGCGCUUCCAGCGUCUGCAGGACAUCCUGCUGGAGCGCUACAGCGACGACGACCGCAUGAUCGUCAUGUGUCCGUCCCAGGAGCAGCUGUCCGUGCUGUUGGCCUCGUGUCUCAAACAGCCGGCUCCGGCGGCGGCUGCUACCCCCGUCCCGGCGCCCGGCGCAGCGUCCAGCCCGUCCCCUGCCGCUGCCCCUGCCCCAGCGACUCCCGCCUCCGUCCCCGCUCCAACAGUACCCACCCCCGUCCCCGCCCCAGCUGCCACAGCGCCUGCAGCCCCCGCCCCCGUCCCAGUCUCCACAACCCCCGUCUCCGCCCCCUCUCCUGCCCUCCCGUCAGCGGCGGCGCCAGAGCUGCCGGCGGUGGCCCAUACCGCCGCGUCGUGACGUCAUCGUCUGACCGAGUGACGUCACCGGACGGCGGACGGGCCGGUGUGCCUUACCGUGCCUGGGUGGGAGACGGUGGGCGGCUGUGGACUGUGAGUGGAAACAGGCUGCUGACCUGACUUGACACACGCUCAGGGGAGACCGGUCGGGGUCACCUUGUUGUCCCGGCCCGUAACCGAGUACUGCCCCGAGGUUUGUUAAUCGCUGCGGCACUGUUGAUUGGGAUGAUGUUUAUUCGGUUUUGUUUUUCUGUUCGAAUUUGUUCUGUUCUGUUUGGUUAAAUGAGGCGCAUUUCGGGGUGAUUGAUUUCCGUAUCCGGUUACUGUGAAGGGCUAAAAACUUCCGUAGGAGGCAUCUGCCAGCAUUCCCGAGUUUUUGUUUGAGCUGGUUUCGCGGUCCGUUUAGUUGCUUCAAUCGUCGCCAUUUUACCGGAGGACGGCUCUUUCUCCGCCGUAAGAAGUGCGCCGCAUUGUUCCAGCGACAUUCUGUUGAUGCGUCCAUGCGCUGGGUGAUCUGCCCGUCCACGCAGGAUCGUCGGCUCGUUUUUACAGUCGUUUUCGCUCGUCCCCACGCAGAAAGAGAGCGUCAAUAUUCCGGCGCAAAACGAUCGCCAUUGGUUGAUAGUAUCUGUGAAAACCAGCCUUUGAAAUGUGCCGGUGGAAGUGAAGUUGAUUAAGGCGGAUGUGAUAAGCCGCUAUGUGCAUUUGUUAUUCUGUUUAGUAGGCUGUAUUUAUUUUCGCCGGUAGGUUUCGUUGGGCCUGGGCGUUGGGCGCUUGGAGAGCCCCGUGCGUUUGCCUGAAUUUGACGGUACGGUAGACAUCCAGUCGGUGAACUCUCUUCAGGGAAGAGUGGGAUGUUGGCGGGCGCCAGGCGUCGUGUGAUUAUGCACCGUUUGUUGAGAAAGUGAUGAUGUAUCUGCGCAAUACAUAACUAGCUUAUAACAA